AAAUCUUGCUAGGACUAGAAUCAGAAUCAGAAAGGUCUUACUUAUCAAACGCUAUUAUUGAUUAUACGGUUGGCAUAAGUAUAAGCUAUUUAUUAUUAUUAUUAAAUAUGGUCAUCUCUUGCUUUAGCUUUUAUUUUUUUUGUUAACAUUUUGACAUAUCUAGGAAAAGAUAAAGUAACGUUUUAAAAAGUUUCAUAUUCUGACUCUGUUACUGUAACUGUAACUGCCGAUUGUAACUUUCUACUACUGUAUCAGUAUCAUUGUUUUAUUGAAUUACUAUAUGAUAGUGUAUGUUUUGUUUUUAAACUUUGUAAUGAAAAAAAAAAGUAUGCCUAAGCCUAAUUAUUUAAGCCUAAUUACAUUGAAUUAAAACUAAAUAUUAUAUACACUAUUACUAUGACUAUAUAAUAUGCUAUGGAUGUUUUAUGGGUUUUAAUAAUUAGCUUAUAUUAAUUUUAUAAUUAUAUAUUUUUGGCCAAAAGAGAAAUUUGAUUUUAAAUCAGUUAUCAUUUAUUUUUGGCCUUCAUUAGUUGAUAUGGUAGCAUGUGGCAUUUCUAAAAUAUAUGAAUUUUACACUUAAAAUCUGUUCUCCUGAUGGAUACUGAUUACAAAAAUUUUAGAAAUGUUUUAUGUGCAUUCAUUACAGAUGGUAAAGAACAGAAUCAUUUUAUUGGAAAUAGAUGCUGGCAACUCCAUAAUUUCAGUUUCUAAUUAUCGUUUUGGAAAAACCAAUAACACAUAAUCAUUUUCACAACCUAUUGUUUAAUAUCCUUUGCUACGGUACCGUAAUUCACAGGCCAUUGAUGUGGGAAGUUUCUAUCAGCAUUGCAUUAAAAAUUUUUAACCCCGGUUUAUGGGCUUAUAGAAGUUAGCCUGUCAUAUGUAACUAUGUCAUGAUAAAUUUCCAAUUAUCAUGAAUCUGAGUUAAUUUAGAUUUAUAUUUGUACUUGACAGUUGUCUCAGAAGAUUAAUAUACUGAAAACAUAUUAUGGAAAUGCUCAUUCACUGCUAUUACCAUCUAGUAGAAUAGUUUUUAAAACACAAUAAUUUGUGAUAUGAUAUUAUAUCAAAAGUUCAAAAGUUAUUCAUUUUUUCAGAACACAUAGCUCUAGUCAUACACAAUUAACUAAGUAUGAAUAUGAAUUAAAGAAAUAUAGACAUCAGAAUGGCAACAGGAGAUAUAAAAAACAAUAUUAAACAAUUGCAACAUGAACUCAAAGCUGCUAAAUAUCCUGAAACUAUUGAUGUUGAUGGGUAAGCACAAAAAAUAAUGUUGUUAUAGUUAAACUUAAUACGUAAUUCUUACACUUACAGUUUGUGAUUCACUUAGACUUAUAUUGAAGCAAGGGAGAUGGGAGUUCUAUUACAAUUAUUAUAGAAUUGAAAAUAAUAGUUGCUUUAGUUAAUUUUCUUUGAAAUUUUCAGACUCGUAAAUGGUUCACCGAAGGCUUAUCUGGGUAUCUACCACUAUUUAUUUACCCAGUACAGUACAAAUUUCAAUACAGACAUAACCAACUCAAACAAUGAACUCUAUGGCAAAUCAGACAUGAGGUUUAUGGAGGCUGUCUACAAGGUAAGGAUUUCAAAGCCAGUGCAUUCCAUACUUUUAAUUCAUCUGUACUGUGGUUUCAUUAUGAUGGUUCUGAUGGGUCUUGAAAUUCACCUGUGCAUAUAUACCCUGGAAUGUGGAUAUGAGUUGUUUUUUUAUUUUUUAGGGUGCUUGCCCCUUCCCACUUUUGAGUUUAAUGGAUAAAUAAAAUGUGUCGGAUAAGACACUUUGUUUACAAUACUUCCUAUCACCUGGAACAAACCUCCACAUAAUCUGCCCAAAAGGACAUGGUGUUUACCAAAAUCAUCUCCGCUUUAUUAAAAGUUAUAAACAUUUGUAUUAUGCAAACUUAAAAAUUUACAUUACAACUGCUGCUUUUCUGUUUUUAGAUUCUUCGAGAUAUGUUUGAUUACAAGCCACAGAUUAACAGAGAGCAGUUUUUCUCAUCAGGAUAUGUAGAAAGAAAAGUGAUUAUGGCCACAGAUAUUUUACGACUUGUUCGAAGUGCAUACAAACCACCAAAGAGCUCAACUUUUAAAGUGGCAAUUACAAAAGAAGAUAAAAAAAUAUCACAAAAAGUAAGUAUUUCAAAUCAUAAUUAA